AUGUCGUCGUUCAAGUCCCACACGCCGGUUUCCCUCACGAUCGCCGAGAAGCUCGGCUGGACGUUGGCAGUUGCGGAUGCCAUCCGGGCAACUAUCCAAAAGUCCAUAACGGCCAGCAUCUACUCCCCGUCUACCCUGCCUCCGAAGCCAGUCCAAGUCAACGCGGCAGUGAUCCGUUCCAUGUUCGGCCGCACCAACACGCGACAGGCGCAGGCGAAGAUGGCUCCCUCGGUCGACACGUACAUGGCAUGGUUCAAGCUGAAGCCGCAGCUGGGCAGCAGCUACGAGCCAGCCGUGGAGGACAUAUGCGUUGACGGGGUCGAGACACGGCUGCUGUGGAUCGGAAAGCCGUGGAAGAAGACCGAUUCGGCAAAUAAGAAGGUGCUGUUGUACUGCCAUGGCGGCGGGUUCAUUUUGCCUCUCAACUCCGGACAUUGCUCGUUCGCAAGGGUUAUUAGGGAGGAGAUCGAGAAGUAUGGGCAGGAGUGCUCGGUUGCAAUACUGGAAUACUCUCUGGGCCCCGAGAAGCAGUUCCCCGUACCACUGCACCAGGGUGUGCUGGCUCUGAACCACCUGCUAGCAGCCGGCUGCUCACCGUCCAACAUCGCCAUGGGCGGAGACUCCGCCGGGGGCCACUUGACUCUCUCGAUUCUGUCUCACAUCAUGCACCCACACCCCUCCGUUCCGCCAGUCCUGCCGCUCUCAUCGCCCCUCGCAGCGGCAAUCCUAGUCUCCCCCUGGGUAACCUUCGACCAAUCGGCGCCGGCAUUCGCCAAAUUCGGGCGCGAAGACUACGUUACGCCGCACCUCCUCCGGUACUGGGGCGAAGAGGCGAUCGGUCUUGAAGCACCGGCGGCCGAGCUCGCCGCGGGCCGGUACCACGCCGAGCCGAAGCGGGCGCCCGAGAGCUGGUGGCAGGGAAUGGACCGGGCUGUGAAGUUCGUGGGAACUACGGUCGGCGGCAGGGAGGUGUUCCUCGACGACGUCCUCGAGUGGGAGAAGUCGUUCCGUGCGGGAUCCGGUGUCAGGGCGGAGCUGUAUGUCGGCCCGAUAGAACUCCAUGAUGGCCCACUGUUUGAUUUCGGCAGUGGUCGCCCGCCGUCAGAGUUGUCGCUCAAGGCGGCUCAGUUGACGUGGGAGGGCUUCAAGUCGAAGUUGUAG